CCGGCCGGGGGAGCGUCGGGCCGGGGCCAUGCCAUGCCCGUAGGGAGAGAUGCCUUUUGGAAAUGGAGACACUGGAUCACAGCGCAAACAUGGCGUCCCCGCGGCGCGGCUGCCCUUCUCGGGUUGGUGUCUGCUGUGUUCCCUGCUGUGCGGGGGGCUGGCGGCGGCCCGGGCACCCCCGGUCCCCGCUUGCCAGCCCUGCGCCGCCGACUGUACCUGCACCGGCCCCGCCUGCCUCGUCAACUGCUCGGCCCGCGGGAUGGAGCGCCCGGGGACCGGCGUCCCCCCCGCCGCCACGGCGCUGGAUCUUUCCAAUAACAAGAUCGGUGAUUUAGAUGUCCAGAUGUUCGAAAGCCUGACUUCUCUGGCACAACUAGAUAUAAGCCACAACCAGAUUUCUACAUUAGAAGAUGGAAUAUUUGAUAAUUUAUUUAAUUUAAGUGAAAUAAACUUAAGUUGGAAUCCAUUUGUUUGUGACUGCAAACUUUCCUGGUUGCCCCGUUGGGUGGAAGACAGAAAAGUGAAAGUUAUUCAGGCGUCAGAUACGAGAUGCUCCCACCCUCCCGAGGUGGCAAACCUGUCCCUCUUCGAUGUCUCCUUCGUCAAUGCCACUUGCGGAGCUCAAUACAUAACGUGUCUGACAAGCAACCACACAGAAGGGGCUGAAUUUGUCAUCCUCUUCACGUCUGUUCACCCUGGGAAUCUCACUGAGGAGACCUGCAGUGCUCUCUGUUACGCCGAAGACCAGGAGUAUGGAGCUUUCAGCACCGAGGGGCAGUGUUUGUGUGGUACUGCCCAUGAAACAAACUUUUCCACCGGUUGUUUGCCAUUUUGCACUGAGCAUUUAUCCGGGCAGGCCUGUGAUGGCCCAUCACUUGUCCCCUCUCCCUUCCAGGCACAUCUGCCUGUGUCUUUCAGAGGACUCCAGCCCCGGUACAGCCUACACCAGGCCGUGCUCUUCAACGUCAGUAUUCCCAUUGCUGUCAGCACUUUACUGUGGGAAUUUGGGGACCAGACAGAGGUUCUCAACACCACUGGAAACGCAGCUGUCCACGUGUAUGCCUUACCUGGGCGGUACAAUGUCACUGCCACCAUCUUUGUGGGCACCAAGGUCUUACACGUGCAGGCCGAAAUUGAGGUGGUGGCUUCACCCCAGCAGUUAGAACUGCAGUGUCCUUCUUUGGUCAAGACAAACGAGAGUCUGGACAUACGGAUCCGCAACAGAGGCGGCACUGGCCUCACGGUGUCAUAUGGCAUCACCGCAGAGGCUGCAGAGCUGGGCAGAGCGGUUCACCCCCUGUGCCCCCCUGAUGGCUUGGUUUUCCUGGGCAAUAACCACUGUUACCAACUGGUGGUGGAGAAGGCUGAGUGGCUGGAGGCCCAGCAGCACUGCCAGAAGCAUGGCAACGGAGAGCUGGCCUUUGUGAGCAGCCCCGAGAUCCAGAGCUUCUUGGUCGCUCAUGUCAUCAGGAGCCUCGAUGUCUGGAUUGGAUUCAAUGAUUUUGCAAGCACUGGAGCACAGCAAAGAGGCGAAGGAUUUAAUCUGGAGAGCUGUCAGAACUGGCUGCCAGGAGAACCGCAUCCGUCAAACGCCGACCACUGUGUCCGCAUGGGCCCGACGGGCCAGUGCAACACGGACCUGUGCAUGGCCAAGCACAGCUACGUCUGCGAGUACAAGCCAAAAGGAGUUCUCUUAAAUGCCAAAAACUUCUUUGUGGGAGACCCUGUGUUUCACACACACGAGGCUGUGAAAAAUGUGGCAGAAGAUGUGCUGUCAGCUCCGUGGCAAGCUGUGGAGGUGAUGGUGUUCCCUGAGCUGGCAUUCAGGCACGGGGGAUAUUUGACUGCCCUGGAGUUUGUGACACAGGAACUGCGUCAACCCGUUCAAGUGAGGUUCCAGGUGCACAGACCGAUCCAUGGAGAAGACUACCAGGAGGGAAAAAAUGCUUCAGAACCGUUCGACACUGCUCAGGGUGAUGGGAACUGGACGUUACUUGAAUGUCCUCCUGGUUUCGAAUGGUGUCAUUUGACUGAUUUGUGCUCAUCACUAAACAACUGCUGCAACGCGACCGAGUGUGCCAACAGUUCUCUUGCCAGCAGCCCUACCCCCGUUUCCCUUCAGCACAGUGAAAGCCAGCUCAGCUAUGAACUCGUCAAGGAAUUUCUCUUUACAAUACCAGCUGGCCCUUCUUCCCAGUACCUGGUCACAUUCAGAAAAGAAAGUAUUUUUGUCAGGGCUGAGGAUGUCUUCAGUAUCCAGCACAACGCAGGCUUGGGCUUACUCCUCCAGUGCCAACCAAGUACCACAUCCCCUUACAGAACCAGCAUCUUAAGCGUGAACUCUUCAGCGUGGGCACUUGGCCUGUCUGACAGCCCCAUCGGUGCCACCUGGAUGAACGACACUGUUUGUUCUCUCCGAGUUCGCUACGCCGAGGAGCAACUGGUCCCGGUGAUCAGCCCCCACAACGCGGGGCUGGAGCAUCCAGGUCGCUACGCGGUCAGAGCCAGCGUGGACAACGGGGUCUUCAGCACCAACCUGUCUUGCAGUUUCUGGGUGACGUCCUGGGUGGCAGGCCUGCGUGUCAUCCACCCCGCUCCUCAAGGCGGCAAGGUCUACCUGCCCUCCAACCACACCACCCUGGUUGUCAAACUCUCCGCAGGGGUGAAUGCCACGGCUCGCUGGCUGGGGGACAACCACACCUUCCCCUUCGAGGGGUCCUGCCCGGCGGCUGUUGCGCCGCUGACGGCGGACUGUGCCAGGGAGACCAACGACACCUGGUUUGCUGUGGUCACCCUGAGCGGCCUGCGGGAGGGGGUGAGCACCCACGUGCUUGUUGCGGACAACGCCGUCAGCUCCCAGAACGUCACCGUCACGGUGAAAGUGGAGGAGCCCAUCCGCGGGCUGCGGGCCACCCCACACCCUGAGAGCAGAGUCCUGCUAAAUACGCUAGUGAGCUACGUCCCUGUGAUGGAAGCUGGGUCAGAUGUGACUUUCCGAUGGACAGUAGAUGAUAAGCCAUCUUUCACUUUUUACAAUAUUGUCUUCAACGUUAUCUACCAAAGCCCAGCUGUGUACAAGCUUUCGCUCACCGCCUCCAACCACGUCAGUAACUUUACAGUCAAUUACAAUGUCACGGUGGAGAUGAUGAAUAAGAUGAAGAACCUGACUGUGUUGGGUGUCCUGCCGGUCCUCCCUCAGAACAGCACCGUGGAGCUUACAGCAAGAGUCCAGGUUGAUUCAGCUGUGGAUGCUAUGUUCCUGUGGGAUUUUGGAGAUGGUGUCCAGGAGACAUACCUGUUCAAGCCUCCCUACAACAAGUCUUUCCUUGUUCCUGAUCCCAGUGUCCAUGAGGUUGUAAUUGAGCACAAUGUUUCACACGUCUAUCAAGACCCAGGCGAAUACGCCCUGGUGGUGCUCGUGUCGAACCAGUUCGAGAACCUCACCCACUUGACCCCGGUUCACAUCCACAGUUACCUGAUUGAUGUGAAGAUCGAAGUAGAGGAGAAUGUUCUAGUCGUGAGCCGUCCAGUCACCUUCAGAGCCAAUCCACUGCCAUCUCCUUAUGGCGUCGUGUACACCUGGGACUUUGGGGAUGGGUCCUCACUGUUCACAGAGAGCCAGGCUCCAGUGACAUACAGCUACCCCAGAAGAGGGGUAUACAACAUCACUGUGACGGCGAACAAUACCCUAAGCAGUGUGGAGACAGUUGAGUGCUACCAAGUGUUUGAAGAGAUAACUGGGCUCCGUGUGUCCGCAGGUGAGGCGGCAGAGCUGGGAGCAUCUGUGACCAUUAAUGCUUCAGUGCAGACGGGGGACAGUGUCACCUGGAUAUUCGAUAUGGGGGACGGGACGGUGCUGAGGAGUCAGGUGCCAGUGGUGGAACACGUGUACAUAAAGGACAUCAACUGCACUGUGAAUGUGACAGCUGUGAAUCCUGUGAAUUCCAUCUCCCAGACUGUGCCUGUUCGGAUAUUUGUCCUGGAAGUACUCAAAAUAGAGCCUACUUCUUGCAUCCUUGAGCACCCGGAUGUGCAGCUCACUGCAUACGUGACGGGGAAUCCUGAUGAAUACAUCUUUGAUUGGACUUUUGGAGAUGGCUCGUCCAAUGUCACUGUCAGUGGGGACCCUGUGGUGAUGCACAACUUCACCCGAAGCGGGACAUUCCCCCUCUCCCUGACUCUCUCAAGCAGGUUUAACAAGGCUCACUAUUUCACCAGUGUCUGUGUGGAGCCAGAGAUAGUGAAUGUCACCCUUCUCCCUUCCAAGAAGUUUGUGAGGCUUGGUGAAGAGAGCAGCUUCCAGGUCAGUGCCGUGCCUCUCUACCAGUACCGCUACCGCUGGGAUUUCGGGAACAACGAGUCCACUAGAUCGAGUGGGACUGAAGUGACCUACACCUACAAGAACACAGGGGUCUUCCUGGUCACGGUGACCGUCUCCAACAAUGUCUCUUUCAACAACGACACAGCGUUUGUGGAGGUCCAGGAACCAGUUGGGGUAGCAAAGAUUGAAUAUAAUGGGACAACUGUUUUGGAGCUGAACCAGAUCUACCUGUUCUCUGCCAGUAUGAAUGGAACCAAAGUGAGUUACUGUUGGGACUUUGGAGAUGGCACUACGCAGCCCGGCCAGAUCGCGACCCACACCUACAACGACACGGGCCAUUACACUAUUAGCGUGACGGGCCGGAACGAUGUGAGCUUUAAUGAGACCAUCAUUGACGUCACCGUGAAGCGUCGGCUUCAGGGGCUGACCAUCAACGCCAGCAGGACAGUGGUGCCGUUAAAUGGCUCGGUGAGUUUCGUAGCCACGCUUGUAGCUGGCAGUGCCAUCCGCUACUCGUGGAUCCUCUGUGACCGGUGCACUCCUAUCCAAGGCUCCUCCACAAUUUCCUACACUUUCCGCUCCGUGGGCACAUUCAAUGUCAUUGUGACAGCGGAGAACAAGAUCAGCUCGUUGCAGGACAGCAUCUACGUCUACGUCCUGGAGCAGAUUGAAGGCCUGCAGGUGGCUAGCAGUGACCUGGUGGAAGACAUGUAUUUCCCAACCAACAAAACCCUCCAUUUGCAGGCAGUGGUGAGAGAGGGAACAAACAUCUCUUACAGCUGGGUAGCCCAAAGGGACGGCAAUGCCGUGCAGACCUUCACUGGGAAAACCUUCUCCUUGAGCAUCUUAGAAGCUGGAAACUACACUGUCUAUCUGAAAGCCACUAAUAUGCUGGGGUGCGCAACUGCCAACAGGACACUGGAGUUCAUUGAAAGCAUUGGUCUUCUAAAGCCUUAUGCCUUCCCCAACCCAGUUGCUAUUAAUGCCUCUGUUAACAUAAGUACCACCAUAACCAGCGGCACUGGCAUCACAUAUGUUUGGUACCUAGAAGAUGGCUUCUCUUCUGUCACCUCUGAACCCUUUAUUAUACACUCCUACCAAAGCCCUGGCCUGAUAGAGGUCAUCGUUGGAGCAGAAAACAAGCUGGAUUCAGCCAAUGCAACAAUUAAUAUCUGUGUAGAGGAGGUGAUAGAGGGGCUGAGCAUAGGGACUGCAGAACUGGACUGUAGAUACGUCUCGUCAGGCUCCACGGUGGUCUUUGAGGGGGAGCUGCAGAAAGGCACUGAAGUGACAUGGCUUUGGGAGGUGCCAAAUGGCACAUUGACUGGCCAGUCCGUGGCAGUCAUGUUCCCCACAGCAGGGUUUUAUACAGUCUACCUGAAUGCAUCGAAUGACAUCAGCUGGGCUCUGGCCAGCAGGAAUAUCUCAGUGCUGGACAGGAUUCAAGGAUUGGAAAUCAUUGCCAGCAAGAAGGUGGUAGAGCCAGGGGAACAGGUCACCUUUGUGAUCAGGAUGUUGUCAGGUACUUCGGUGAGUUACCUGGUGAGCAUAAGCGGGGACUACUCUGUGGUGCUCAACGGGUCCAAGUACACGCAUGAGUUCACCAAGAGCGGCGAUUAUUUGGUGACUGUGACGGUGCAGAACCAGAUCAGCAUCGCACAUGCCCAGGUGCUCAUCUCUGUCCUGGAGGCCAUCCGCGAUGUCAGGCUCCUGAACUGCUGUGAGGAAGGCAUACCCACGGGCACGGAGAAGAGCUUCAGUGCCCAGGUGGGGAGCGGUUCCCGCGUCUCAUUCUCCUGGCAGUUCUCCUUGUGGAAACUGCAAGGUCGAUCCGUGGUCACUACGGCAGGAGAGAGUGUUUCCUACACUCCAGAAGCUGCAGGGCUGCUCGAGAUUCACCUGAAUGCCUUCAAUGACUUGGGCGGUGUCAAUAUCACCAGAACCAUCCAGGUCCAAGACCCGAUAGUCCAGGUCUCCCUCACAGCCUCCAAUGCCUUUGUCAACAGGACAGCACUGUUUGAAGCAGCAGUGGUGCCCAGCAGCAGGAGCGUUGAGUUCUUGUGGACCUUUGGGGAUGGCUCUUCCACUCAAAUCACCAGGGUUGCAGUGGCCAACUAUUCUUACCUGAGCCCUGGGGAUUACCUGGUGGAGGUGAAUGCCACCAAUCUCAUCAGCUUCUUCAUAGCCCACCUCACCGUCACUGUCAAAGUCCUGGAGUGCGAGGAGCCAGAGGUGGAGUUAGCCUUGCCCCCUCAAGUAGUCAUGAAGCGGUCCCAGAGGAACUACCUAGAGGCACAGAUUGACCUCCGAGGAUGCAUCAAGUACCAGACGGAGCACCUGUGGGAGAUCUACCAAGCACCCAGCUGUAUGAACUUGGACGACUCCAGCAGGAUCCGUCUGCCGAACGUUGAUGUGAACAGGCCCCAGCUAGUUAUACCGAAGCUUGCCCUCGAAGUUGGGAACUACUGCUUCAUCUUUAUUGUCUCCUUUGGAGAUACCCCACUGUCCAAAAGCAUUUUUGCCAAUGUAACUGUCAUACCAAGUAAGCUGGUCCCAAUCAUUGAUGGGGGGUCAUACCGUGUAUGGUCCAACACUCAGGACUUAAUCUUGGAUGGGGAGAAGUCCUAUGACCCGAACUUGGACGAUGGCGAACAGACUCCGUUGUUAUACGAUUGGUCUUGCACAUUCUCCUCCAAGAGCUCGGCUGCAGGGUGCUCUCUGAAUUUCAGUGCCAAGGAAGGAAUUGUCACAAUUUCCAAAGCUGUAUUAGAAGCAGAUGUGGAGUAUACGUUCGACCUCACCGUCAGGAAGGAGGGUAUGAGUCCCGAGGCAACAAAUCAAACCGUAUUCAUCAAGAGGGGAGGAGUCCCUAUCGUGUCCCUGGAGUGCGUUUCCUGCAAGGCUCAGUCUGUCUAUGAAGUUAGCAAGAGCUCCUAUGUCUACCUGGAGGGGACCUGCCAGAACUGUCACAACGACUCCAAGCUUGGGAGAUGGGCAGCACACAGCUUUAAAAACAAGUCGCUCAUCCUGGACAAAAAAACUACCUCCACUGGCGACACCGGAAUGAACCUGGUCUUGAGGCAAGGGGCACUGAAGGACGGGGAGGGAUAUACUUUUACCCUUCACAUCACAGACCUCACAACGGGGGAGGAAGGAUUCGCCUCCAUCGACCUGCUCCCAAACCAGCCGCCCGUCGGCGGGUCCUGCCGGCUGUCUCCCAGGGGACCCCUCAGGGCGCUGAUGGCGAAGGUGCACUUCGAGUGUGCAGGCUGGCGAGACACAGAGGACGCGGAGGGCCCGCUGGUGUACAUCCUCCUGGCAUCCCGCCGCAGGGCCGGGCACUACCACGAGUUCUGCGUGUACAAGGGCAGCCGUGCCGAGCACAGCGCCUUCCUGCCCCCGGGCUUUCACGAGAGCGGCUUCCUGGUGUCCGUGGCGGUCCUUGUUCAGGACCAGCUGGGAGCCACCGUGGUGGCCGUUAACCGCUCCAUGGAAAUCAGCUUACCCGAGGGGUUCCCCAGCCUCUCCCACUGGCUCUACAAUCAAACUGACACUGUGCUCCAGGGCUUGGUGAAACAAGGGGACCCUCAACAGGUCAUCGAGUACUCUCUGGCCCUCAUCACCAUCUUAAAUGAGUACGAGCGAUCCAUGCUUCCAGAACCUGAAACUGGGAAUGAAUUUGAACUCCGGACCUGGACUCGUAACAAUAUCACAGAAACCUUGAACUCGCUGAACGUGAACACAGUCGACGAUAUCCAGCAGAUCUCAGCUGCCUUGGCGCAGUGCACGGUCGUGAGCAAGGAGCUGGUUUGCAAGUCAUGCCUGACAAGGACCUUGAAUAAGCUGGAGACCAUGAUGACCAUUCUGCAAGGGGAAACGACCCAGGGCACUGUGACACCAACGGGCAUCGCCGACAACAUCCUCAACAUCACAGGUGACCUAAUUCACCUCGUCAAUACGGUUUCCCAAGAAUCCAAGCCCCAGGAGCUGCUCGCUGACUCCCACAAUUUGCUGCUAGCUCCCAAAGCCUACAACCUGUCUUCCAGCCUGAUGCGCAUCCUCAUGAAGUCUCGAGUGCUGAACGAAGAGCCCCUUGAGCUGGUGGGAGGCGAAAUUAAGGCCACAGGCAAGCGGUCUGAUCCCUUUAACUUGCUUUGCUACGAAAACACUCCAAACUGCCAGUUCUCCAUCCCCCAGGCAUUCAACACCACCCUUUCCAACCUGACGGAUGUCGUUCAAGUCAUGUUUCAAGUGGACUCCAAUCCUUUCCCUUUUGGUUACAUCAGCAACUACACCGUGUCCACAAAGGUCGCCUCCAUGGAGUUUCAGACACACAACGGCGUGCAGAUCCCCAUUGGGAGCCUGGACUCGGAGAAAGCCAUCACUGUAAUGGUGUCAAACAACACAGAUGCUGACAAUCUCUCUGCUGGCACUGAAGUCGUUGAGGCAAGAACGUCUGUGAACCUAAUUGUGACUAUGGAGAGCAACAACAGAGAAGCAGGACUGCACUUCCAGCUCACUUACAGAGUCCUGAAUGAUCACUACAUUGCAAGCGAGCCUGAGCCCUUCAUCAUGGCUUACCUCCAUCACGAACCAGAGCCCAACGAGCACAACUGCAGUGCCUCUAAGAAAAUCGGCCUGGAUGCCCUGGCUGGAAGUGACCACAAGCUCUACACCUUCUUCACCUCACCCAGAACUGAUGACACCAUCCAGAAAUACUACUUCAACAUCACAAACCAUUUCAGCUGGUCCCCGGUGGAGGUGACUCUGGGGCUGUACACCUCCCUCUGCCAGUACUUCAGCGAGCAGGAGAAACGCUGGAAGACAGAAGGCAUCAUCCCGCUGGAAGAGACCAGGCCAGACCAGGCUGUGUGCUUAACCCAGCACCUCACCGCUUUUGGGGCCAGCCUGUUUGUCCCCCCAAACUCCGUCCAGUUCAUCUUUCCUGCUCCAGGCCCAGGUCUCAACUACAUCGUUCUGCUGACGUGUGCCGUCUGCUUCGUGACCUACUCCGUGGCUGCACUGAUCGUGCACAAGCUGGACAUGAUUGACAUCAACCGAGUGGGGGUGAUUCCCUUCUGUGGGAAGAACGGGCUAUACAAAUACGAGAUCCUGGUGAAAACUGGCUGGGGCAGAGGAUCAGGUACCACGGCCCACGUGGGGAUCGCCCUGUAUGGUGUAGACAAUAAAAGUGGUCACAGACAUCUGGAUGGAGAAAACGCGUUCCACCGCAACAGCCUCGACGUGUUUCAGAUCGCAACGGAGCGGAGUCUGGGGAGCAUCUGGCGCAUCCGCAUUUGGCACGACAAUAAAGGACUCAGCCCCUCCUGGUACCUGCAGCACGUCAUAGUCCGGGACCUGCAGAGCAGCAAGAGCUACUUCUUCCUGGUGAACGACUGGCUGUCGGUGGAGAGCGAAGAGAACGACGGCAUGGUGGAGAAGGAGGUUUAUGCUGCCAGUGAGACGGAGCUGAGGAGCUUCUCCCGGAUCUUCGUAGCAGAGUUGCAGCGAGGUUUCUUUGAGAAGCACGUCUGGCUGUCCAUGUGGGACCGCCCGCCUCGCAGCCGCUUCACCCGUGUCCAGAGAGCUACCUGCUGCUCCCUCCUCAUCUUCCUCUUCCUCUGUGCCAAUGCCGUGUGGUACGGCGUGGUGGGGAACAUCCACCUCAGCAACGGGGCCAUUUCCAACCUGAUCCCUGUUAAUGUGGACACAGUGGCUGUUGGUCUGGUGUCCAGCGUGGUGGUCUACCCUCUCUACCUGGUCAUUUUAUUUCUCUUCCGGAUGGCUCGUGGCAAGGUCUCCAUCAACCACACCCUGACUCACUCCGACCAGCAAUCCUUGGAGAUCGACAACUACCUGGACUCCUCGAUCCUCGACAGCUCCUUUCCCACCUUCCCUGGGCUCCGGGCAGAGGCCUUCUCCGAGCAAACCAAAACAGAUUUGUUCUUGGAAGACUCCAAAAGCCUCGUGCGCUGGCCCUCCAGCGAGGCGCUGCUCAGCUGGCCAGACCUCCUCAGCGACCCCUCCAUCAUGGGCAACACCAUCCAGAAGCUGAAGAGAGGCCGGGCCAGCCGCCACCUUGGGCUCGAGGCCCCGUUGGCAACCGAGGAGGACAGCUUGUCACUUGGUGUUCACCAGGGGCAGCCUCGGUAUUUCUCUGCCUCAGACGAGGAUCUGAUCCGGCAGAUCCUGGCGGAUGGAGCCAGCGGCAUCUCCCACUCCCAGGACCUGGGGCCGUACAUGAGGGCUGAAACAGAUCUGAUCUCAGGCCUGUCCAGCGUCUUUGGGGAGAAGGUGGAGACUGUCAUGAUGCAGAAGCUGAACGACAAAGGCCAGAGCAUGGCACCUCCUCCCAGGGAAGUGAGCAGAUCGGCCAAGUCAACCUGGACAGUCGCAGACCAAACGUUCAGGAAGCGCUUGCUGCCACCCUGGUGCUCCUAUCUGGCUCACGGUAUCAGCCUCCUCCUCUUCGCCACCUCCACGGGGGUCUCUGUGUGGAUCGGGGUGGGCUUUUCCUCCAGCGUUGCCCUCAUGUGGCUCAUCUCAGGGAUAUUCAGCUUUCUGGCAUCCUUCUUGGUCUGGGAGCCCCUGAAGGUCCUGCUGGAAGCCCUCUACUUCUCACUGGUCGCCAAGCGCUUGCACCCAGAGGAAGACGAUACCUUGGUGGAGCAUCCCUUUGUGGAGCACGUUUCUGAGAAGAUCAGCAAAGUCCGGCCCCCACAGGGCUUUGCCCUUUUCCAGGCCAAGGAGGAGGCCAGGAAGGUCAAACUGCUCCACAGGAUGCUGAAGAAUUUCCUCAUCUACAUGAUGUUCUUGCUGGUGAUCCUGCUCACCAACUACGGAGACGCCUCCCGCAACAGCAGGGCCUUCCUCUUGCAGAGCUCCAUCAAGCAGCAGCUGGGCAGCAGCGAAUUCCUCCGCAUCAAGAGGUCGGAUCAGUUCUGGGUCUGGAUGUCUCGGGUCUUCCUCCCGUACCUCUACAACAACCGCUCGGGUCAGGAGAGCCACAGCACCACGCUGGGGACGGCCCGGCUGCGCCAGCUCAGGCUGCAGGAAGGCGAGUGCCAGCGCGGCGCCUGGGACAUCCUCCGCGGCGCGGGCAGGGCUGCCAGCAGGAACUGCACCGACCCGCGCAGCUUUUCUACCGCUGACUACGCAGCCGGCUGGGAAAGGGCAGGCGUGAACGUGACGGCAGCGUGGUCCUACUCACCGCCCGACCUGACGGGGGUCUGGUACUGGGGUUACAUCUCUUUCUACGAUAGCAGCGGUUACGUCCAGGAGCUGGGGGCUUCGCUAGAGGAAAGCAGGGCUCAGCUGAAUUUCCUUCAGCAGCACACUUGGAUCGACAACAUGAGCCGGGCGGUGUUUGUGGAGCUGAUGCAGUACAACCCCAGCGUGGACCUGCACGCUGCCAUCACCCUCCAGCUGGAAUUCCUGGGGGCCGGCCAGGCCAUCGCCGCGGUCACCAUCAGCCCCUUCCCGCUGCUGCGGCUCAGCGCGGGGGUCACGCUGCAGCUUCUCAUGAUGGUCUUCCUCAUGAUGUUUGUGGUCUACUUCGUGGUGUCCGAGUCGCUGUCCAUCAAGAAGGAAGGCAGAGCCUACUUCACCCUGUGGGGCAACUACGGCCAGUGGGUUUUCAUCCUCCUCACCACUUGCACCGUGGUGGUGCACCUCAGCCAAGCCACCCUCGCCGACCAGCAGUGGCUCAAGUACCUCAACAACCGCAAAGGUUUCACCAACUUCUACCAGGUGGCCUUCCUCAACACCGUCUUCAGCACCUUGGCUGCAUCCCUCCUCUUCCUCCUGACUGUGCAGGCUGCCCAGCAGCUGCGCUUCGUCCGGCAGUGGUCUGUGUUUGGGAAAACCUUCCAGAAGUCUGCGAGGGAGCUGACUGCUGCAGGGCUGGCGUUCGCCGUCCUCGUCCUGGCCUACGCUCAGCUCGGCUUCCUGCUCUUCUCCUCCUCCUCGGAGUCCUUCCGCAGCGUCGGCAGCAGCCUCCUGCUGCUGUUCGCCAUGCUGCGGGGCAGCGUGAACCUCCGCCCCUGCCUGCCCGAGUCCUCGGGCCUCUACUACCUGUUCUGCACCAGCUACAUCGUCCUGGAGGUGUGGAUCGUGCUGAGGCUCUUCGCCGCCGUGCUUAUCUACAGCUACCGGGAAAUGCACUUCGAGCUGUACCGCCCCGCCUUCGAGCCCCAGGACUACGAGAUGGUGGAGCUCUUCGUGCGCCGGCUGAAAAUGUGGAUGGGCUUCAGCAAAGCCAAGGAGUUCCGGCACAAGGUGAGGUUCGAAGGGAUGGAGCCGCUGCCGUCCCGAGACUCCAGCGACUCCAAGUCCUUCCGGGGCCCCACUCCCAGCGCCGCCUCCGACAGCUCCAGAGCCUCCACCUCCUCCAGCCAGCUGGACGGGCUGAGCCUCGUGCUGAGCACCCGCGACAGCCUGGAAGUGGACGCUGACCUCCAGCGCCUCCUUUCCCUCUUCGAGAUGCUCCUCGCCCAGUUUGACCGGGUCAACCAAGUGACGGAGGACGUGUACCGCAUCGAGCACCAGCUGGAGGGCUCCCGGCGCCGCCGCGGCCGGAGGAGGCGCGCCCAGCCGGCGGAGGAGGACGUCCUGAGCAGGUUCUGUGCCGGCGGCACAGAGCGGGGGCCCUCGCCCGAGGUCUCCUCCGACACGGACCCGCAGCCCCCGCGGGACGCCCCGCUGUCCCCCCGCUCCCCCGCCGCCCGUGGCAGCCGGGCCUCUGUGCCCAGCCGGCUGCUCCGAGCUAGCCGAGGCAUCAGCGUGGCGGCUGCGGUGCUGCCCCCGCACAAACCCUACGCCGCUGUCGCUCCGGCGGCCAAGAAGAAGCGGCCGCUCCGGGCCAAGAACAGGGUGCACCCCGCUGGCAAGUAGCAGGCGGCGCCCCGGGAGGGCAGCGAGCGGCCGGGGAAGGGGUUUGCGAAGGGCGGGCUGCGCCUGCCGUGCAGACCUGGAGCCUCGGGAGCUGCCGCUUCCGAAAGCUCCCGCCGCGGCGGCCGCGCUGACGUCCCGCCGGGCGCUUCCAGCCUUGGGGCCUGGGGAGGAGGAGGAGGAGGAGGAGAAGGAGGAGGAGGAGGAGGAGGAGGCUGAGCCUUCCCCGCGGGGUAGGGCCGGGCGGCGUUCGAAAGUCGAGCCCCGGCUGCGAACAAACAAACAAACAAACAAACAAACAAACAAACAAAUAAACAAACCCCACUGGGCUGGGGGCUGGCGCAGGGCGGCCCCGGGAGGAAGCUCAGCUCCCUUCCCCGCUGGCUGUGCCGGCUGGGAAGGGCGAGAGGAGAGCCCCAGGCCUUGAAGGUUUUGAACUGAGUCUUGGAUUUUUGUUGACCAGUCACACUGUGGAGGAAAGCUACAGGUUUCAAGAAGAUAUUUAACCAAUUUUUUUUUUUUUUUUUAAGCAUAAAUAUAUAUAGAUAUAGAUAAACGAUAUCUACACCCAGAUCAGUUAAUUUCCAGUAUUGGCUACUUUUAUCCUCCGGAAAUUGGUACUAUUAUUUGUAUUUAAAGAAAUCCAAUAUUUAAAACGAAUGACAUUGCGAGCUGCAGCCAGCUGCCAGCCCUGCUCCCUGGCCAGGCUCGGAGGGGAUAUCGAGCAGCAGCUCAGCCCGAGGGGUGCGGAGGCCUCGGGCUGCUUUCAGCCUCCCUGCGCGUGGGGUUGCCGAGGUGCUGGCAUCGCUGCGGUCCCCCGCCCGCCAGCUUGGCUUUUCUAACCCAAGGAAUGUAUUGACGUAAGUAUAUGUAAUUUUUUUUUUUUUUUUUUUUCUUUCGGUUUACUUGUUCGUAUGUACUGCCCAGCACUUUAAACAAUGCUUUCCUCAGCUAACGAUGACACAAGCGAUCUAACAAGAACGGGAUAAUAUAUCACAAAAGCAGUAUUUUUUUUUUUUUUUUUUUUGGUUCGUUUGUUUAAAUCAGAAACUGAAAUGAGCACGUGCUGCUGAAGCGAACGCAGCCCCCAGCCCGAGGCAGCCGCGCCGCUACCUCCUGGCAUCUUCCCUACGAAAAGCACAAAAGCGUUGGGGGAGGCAGGUGAAGCCUUAACGCAGCUUUUGUUGGGGUCCCUCCCCCCCCCCCCCCCCCCCGGGGCUCCCCGUGCGCUGGGCCUCAGCUGGGCUGUGCUCCCCGUGCCCGGCCAGGGGCUGGAGCCUCCCCAGGGCCCACGUUCGCUUCGUCACCACCAUUUCACCUUAUGGAUAGUGUAAGUAAUUUAUAAUGGGUGUUUUUGGUUUUUUUUUUGUUUGGUUUUUCUUUUUUUUUUUUUUUUUCAAAUGUAUAUAUUUUUGUAUGUUUGCUAUAUUUUCAUAGCAUCGGUAACGUGUUUGAAACAUGUAGAUAGGAGACAGAAUACUAUUGUCAGAGUUAUUUAAAGGAUGUAUUAAGUGCUUCUUCCUGGGAAUGUCCCAUGUAUAUAAGUGUGAGGUGUCUGUGUGCGUGUGGUGCGUGUGCUCCCCCCCCCCAGCUGAGGUGGGGCCGGGAGCCCCGCAGGGUGCUGGGGGGGGGGUGCAGGAAGGCUGAGGGGGGGGUUGCUGAGAUGCUUCAGGCAGCGAGAGCAGAAUAAUUGGGGUCAGGCUGGUGGUCCUGGGGGGGGGGGUGUCGUUGCAGACAGUGCUAAUCUGAUCCCAUCACUUCCUGAGCCUCCCCCCGCUGCUCCCAGCACCUCGUUCUGUUUGUUAGAUACUUUAAAAGAUUUCGUUCCAGCUGUCUGUGUGCUCCAGGCACCUGCCCGCGGCCCUUGGGGGUGGCUGAAGGAGGGUGCAGGAGGAUUUGGGGCGCUCGGUGGUGGUGGCUUUGGGGCUGCUGUAAGUUUGUGUUGAAAAAGGCCGUUGCUGCGCGGGACGGAUGCUGGGGGAAGGUCGCAGAGGGAGAAAACAAAACGUGCUGGGGCUUGGAGCUCACCAGAAGUGAGGUGGUUGAAAGAGCGGAUCGCACAGAGAGAAGGAAGGUGCAGAGGAGAGAAAACUAAUAACUAGUAACCACGAAGCUUUGGUAAGGGGAAGGAAAGGCGGGCGGGAGAGGCUGAGGGAAGGGCCUGGAGCGCAGCAGCAGUAGUUGGGGGAUUCCAGCUGGGUGGCAGCGGGUGCCUGGAGCAGCAGCGAGGGCCCCAGGGCCGGCUCAGGUGCCGAAGGGAGCAAGCGUUGUGCGCUGGGCAGAGAGGAGUUGUUACUCCUUUUACAAACAGCUCCACCUGCUCCAGAAUUCUCCCGGUCUCUAAAACUGGGGUUCAAGCCAGAGGUUUAAAAAUUUGGCCUUGUAGUUUUUAGUUCCUUCUACUCGCCCCAGCGGCGCAGCCCCCAGGCUCAACUCUGGCAGAUGCUCACGAUUCUUUUCUCGGCCCAGGCACGGUGCUGGGGCAAGUGCCUGCAAACCCCCCUGGGGCAGCCAGAGGAGCAGCCGGGGGAGGCACCAGGUACAGGGCUGGGGCUGAGAACGGCGCUGGGCACGCGGCUGCGGUUGCUCUUCCGCUGCGUCCUCCCUGGGGCUCGGGAGGACUAAAAAGCAAAACACACCAACUGCCCCCCAAGAGCCCCAUUUAACCUCCAGCUCCAGCCCUUUCCUGCCGCAGGGGAGCAGCCUGGGUAGAUCCAGCCACCCCCGAGGGCCCUGGGGAAACGUUCUGUGAGGAGAAUUGAACCAAGCAGGUCUUGGACGGCUCUUGCGCCUUCAAGAGCCGAAACGCUCAGUUCGGGAGCCACCCCCGGGGCUGGCGUUCGCCCGGUUAAAAGAGGGUGGUGAGAGGAGUUACCUGCUGCGGCGGGAGGGAGGCGAGAGGCCCCGGCUGCUCCAACCAGCCUUGAAUAAGCUAAGGGGAGGCGAGCGGGCGGGCGGGCCACGGCUGCUCCCCAAAUGAAGCACCAGGACUUUUGGCCCCACAAAAGUCCGUCCCUUACCCAGCUCGCUCUGCCCGCGUGUGAGUGUGACUGGAUGCGUGUGACUUACCAAGUGCUUCUUCUAAUCAAAGAGGAGCAGAAUCAGGAUAGGACAACCGCCCUACUUCUGCCCUUCCCUCCGAGUACGGAGAGCAGCUCUGGAACCCGCAGUUGUUUCUUGAAAAAAGCCCAACACCUCCGCGUGGGCCCACGGGCGCCCCUGACAGCUUUCAAGCAAGCGUAGUUCUCUUAUUUGUGCAAACUCGAGCAGCACUCGCGGGGUUCCGUCGCUGUCCCACGCCUACAUGCACUUCGCUGCAGCCCGAGUUCCUAGGCACGGAGUUAGACCCUCGACAGCAAUAAACUUGACUUGCAGCCCUAGCCCGUAAAUACUCCUGAAUGUAUAUUUCUGUGUUUGUAGUCACCAAGAGAUGGUUUCUUAUUUAUUGUCUUGUCUCACAAAGAUGCAACACUCUCAAGCUGCUUAAAUAAAAAACCUUAUCCAUUAGUUAAAAAGGGAGAGGGAGGGAUUUACACAAGUGCUUUUUUUUUUUAAAAAAAAAAAAAAAAAACAAAAAACAAAAAACCCCAAAACUGAUGAUUGUGACCAGUAUGCCAACUGUUACUGUCUGGUCAGCAUUUCACUGCAAACAAAAAUAGCAUGUUUUGUAACUGUGGGGAUGUUUCUUAAAAAAUGACAAGGUCAAAUAAAAGCUGACUGCUAGGA